AUGGACCAGCAAAUAGAAUUGCCAGCAAAAGACGUAUUUGCUUUGCUAGGCGUCCCCGUUCCCGAAAAUCUCGAAACGGUGGCAAAAUCUGGACAGGGACAGGGUGACGCCAAAGACGAUGCGGCCAACGAGUCACAGUAUUCACUCGACGAAGAUGACAAAGUACCCAUUAAUGUAAGUAUUAAGUUCUAUAACCUUUUUUUAAAACAUUUGUGUAUUAUACAUAUUUUGUAUAUUGGUGAGAUACGUCUAUUGUUGGUUUAUAGUUAAUUACCGAACGGCCAACUGUCGAUGUAACUCCACCAGAAGAGCAUAGUUCCAGCGAUGAUAUGACCGACACUGAAAUCGACGAUGAACGAUUUCACGACCCGAAUUGGACCGCAAACUUAAAAAAAUCAGAUUGCGAUGCAUUGAAAAUACUGUUGCAAGCUAUUAAGGUAUGAGACGGCGGCUUACAGUCGAUACUUAAACGUUCGACAAGUUUUAUUCAUGCUUUUAGUUUCAUAGAAUUCGGAUCAUACGAAAACGGUUUGUGCGUUGAUCAAACUCAAGAUGAAUGAAAUCGAAGAUUUCGCCUAUCAAAAUAUGUUUAUCGCUCUGAAUGGGUUCGAAGUUUUGAUCAAUAUACUAGAAAGCAACAGCCACAGAUGCAUUGUUAACAACAAUCACUAA